AUGGCUUCCGUCAAGUCGCUGGGGCUGCAUCAGCCAUCGCACCAAGAGAUUCCGCCAUUGGCAUGGGACAUCACGACCGACCCCGAUCACGAGCACGGGCACGAGCACGACGACGCCAUCGACAUCGAGGACGAAGUCCAAGUCACGAAGCACCGCGUCGUCUGGAGCCGCGGCGGAAUAUUCCAGAAAUCGUUCAACUUCAAGCACGAAGGUCCCGUCAUCCAGGCCCUGUUGGCCUCUUUUCCCGCCGCGAAUGAUGGGCCGAACUCUACAAGGAAGGAAAAGAAUGCUGGCGACGACAAGAAGAAGGAUGGCGACAAGGACGGGCCCUACCGCCGAGCUCUGGUCGUCUUCCUGCCCAACCAAGCCCACGUAUACUUCCUCGACGGUACAAGCCAUGUCGUCCACAUGCCAUUCGAGGUCGAGACCGCCUGCGCCGCGCCCCGAGGCGUCAUCAUACAGCGAAAGCAACGAAGCGAAAGCAAAGCCCCGGUCUCUCUGAAGUUUCCAAAGGUCCCGCCCAACUCUUUCGUCUCCUCUCAGAUCCUCACCUCUCCGCGAAGCUCCCAACACACCGUCUUCUCCGUUGAAGGACUCAAUAAGCCCAAGUCGCUGCCCCUUAGGCUGGGCUCGACUUUGGAAAACAUGUGGGAAGCGCCGACAGACAGGCCAGGCUCGAAAUGGCCCCGACUGGUGUCCCUGAUGGACCCCCUACAGGAACUCGGCCUUGUCGUCACGCGACCAGAAGCUGGGGCUCGAGAGGUAGGCAAGAAGGGCGCGUCGAGUUCCCCAUGCUUUCUCGAUCCUGCUGAAGAAAUCCUGCACAUCGAGGAGAUCAGACAUAUGGGAGCACCCAAGACGAACGCGACCGAGCCGCUUACACUCGCUGUCACGAUCAACCGGGAAGCCAGCACAUACGCUGUGUGGAGAGUCACUUAUGUCAAGAACGGAGACCCGUUCGUCGGCCGCCUUAAGAAGGACAAGAGCCGAGCUGAACGCCGCCGAAGCUCCAUGCAGCCCAACUUUGCGAGCGGCGCCUCGACCCCGAUCCAACCAAACUUCCGCGAGAGCUUCGGUGCUCCCCUCCCCGGAAAACGAUCAAGGAAGAGCGAGAAAGUCGAAAAGCUGGAGAAGCCGUUGGAUUUGGUCUCCUCCCUCGACCUGGAGAAGGAGUCUGGUGCGAACAGGAGACAAUCCCGCCGUGUGAGCUCCAUGCUGGCCCGUGCCGAUCUGUCUGCCUCCCAGGAAAGAUCCAUAUUCACAGACCAGCCUCACAAUCCGGCUCUUGGGGGGUCGAAGGGUAGUCAAGGACCUAGACAUAGUGGUGGAUACGGUUCCUUCAACUACAACCAGACCAUCCAUCCAAGUUUGGGGAGCUUGCUCGAGGCGCCCAUCGACGGCGUGUUGGAAGAGCUUCGAGCCGGCGGCGACUUUGAGGGCUUCCACAACAUGGGAUUGGAUGAUCAUGUCGUUGAUGGACUCGCUCAGGAGGUGAUGUUCACCAAGAUUCAGACCAUUUCCCUCGACAACUCCAAUGUGCGCUAUUCGCUCUCGAAACAGCCCGCUCGCGACCACUGCAAGGUUUUCAUCUUGACUGCUCCCCAAUUUGCCGUUGACGACCCUCUUCGCGGCGAACUCCUCAUCGGAAUUCAGGACUGCUUGGAUAAGAGGCUUCAGCUCUUGACAAUCGACCUGCAGAGAGGGCCACGUUUCCUUGUGCCUCCGAAACCCGGCAAAACCGCGACCUCUGCGGAGGACCCCGUUCGGCUGACUUGUGGUGCAAUUCGACGAGCACAUCACGUUAUAGACUCUUGCAAAGUAACUGACGGAGAUAUUUCCGUGAUUCUCAUUCUGUCAGAAGGCCACGAGGGGCGUCGGGAGCUGAGCAUACAAGCUCCGUGGAGUCAGAUUACUCCCAUCAACCUCCCGCCCAUGUCUUUGGAAAAUGUCAGAAGUCUGCAUUACCGUGGCCGGGUCGUUGACCGGGAUGUUCGCCAUCGCAAAUCCGAGGUCAUCGAAGUUUCUAAUGGCAACGUCGGACGGCUUCGGUUCUCCAAGGCAAAAGGAGUGGUCGACAUAGUUGAUGGGGAUGACAGGCACCAUCAGAUUCAAAUUCAACUCCAGCCACACAACCCUCUCGUGCGCAAGGUGUUGGAUGCGUGUCGCAGCAUUUUGCCGGCGUCUCAUGCUGAGAAGAUGUUCCCCGGUUGGUGGCACGUGAUGAUCUGGCUGAGAUCCGAAGACUUUGAACUUGCCGAUGCCGAAUGGUCCGCCCUUGUGGUCCAGCUCCUUGCCAUCUACCUAGCACUGGGCAAGUCCGAAAACAAAAAGACACCAUCGAAACCCUCCAGGGGCAAGCGCCGCCAGCAUUCUGGGUCUUUUGGGUCGAUCCAGAGUCUUGAGGACUGGCAUACGCUGCAGCUUCAUGAGACACCCAACGGCUUGGGAUGCCCAGGCUGGCAGCAAACUCGUGGCUGGGAAUGGACUUUGGACGAGGAGAUGGAUGACGACUCUGAGGCGACGGCCACAUCAAGUCUUCAGGAGUCCAAGUUCAUGUCGACUCAUAUCCAGUACGCAAGGGCUUAUAUGUCAUCCACAUUGGGAGAAAAGGCCGUCGGCUCCAAUGGCUAUCUGCCGACUGGCAUGCAACGGAGUGCCGAGAAUCGCGGCAACGCGGCUUGGAACAUCUUUGUCGCGGUACACCUCCUGCUCGAAGAACAAAAGCUGGAGAUUAUGACACCAGAGUAUUCGUCUCCAGGAACCGCACAGUUGAGGGUGGUCAUGUGUCAGAUUGCGAAAUGGCUGCGAUGGGAUGACUUCGUCGCCACGUAUGAGUUGGGCAUCCAGGAAGAGCUGGAUCCGCGUUACGACUCGGAACUUCAUCUCGAGGUUCCCCUGGCACAGCCUUCUGGUGUCGACUUUGAUAUUUUCCAUUGGGUCCAGGCAUGCUUCUCUAGCAGCCAGUAUCAUCCUUUCCUCACACUGGCAAACCUCUAUCAAUCACAGAAUACGAAGAGCGAACAAGAUUCCUCCAAGGACUCUCGAUGGGCUUCGAUCACUCCCAGGACCGUCAUGUUCAAGCGUCUAUUCGAACAGCUCACCCCAAAGAGCACACCAGCCAGCAUCGUCGAGGCUAUGCACUCCGCCGGCAUCACAACAGCGGUGCUCGAGACGCUACCUGAGGCUGUGCUCACACCCCUGAAGGACUGCAUAACUCGAUGCCAAACCCGUCCGCCGGCGUCAUGGCCUAAGGACCUGCUAGAGCUGAUUAACCGCGGGGACGUCAGCAUGAUACUGGACCCAGGCAAGAAGAUCGAGAAGAGCGGUGCCAACAUUCUUACUCCUACUCAUGCUGCAACCUGGGACUACCGGAGCAUCUGCCAGACCGUUGAAGAAUAUAACAAUACUGGUUUUGAUGACGGAGAAGGCACUGAACGGCAGGCCGUCAUUCGAGCCUUGUUCAGAGAAGACCGCCGUCUCAAUGAGGCGCAACAGCUUCUGUCGACGCACAGAGCCCGUAUCGUGCGUCUCGAGCCUUUGACAAUCUGGACUGAGAGCGAGUAUCUCGAAAGACAAAAGGAAUUGGUUUCUAGGAUCGCUACUGGCACCCUCGCCAUUCCGGCCGGUCGUGCCCUCUUGUACUACAGCCUCCGCUAUCCUCUACUGACCCAGAAGACCCACGUCGGGGGAUUCAACCUGAACUGCAUUGUGCGUCCUGCCAACGUGACCGUUGGUGUGGACAAAUCGCAGUUCACCGAAGAGAAGGUCUGUUGGGGCUUUUUCCACCAGGGUGUGGCGGCGGGACUCGCCAUAUCACCCGACGCCAAGGGGAUCGACUCGUCUUGGAUCCUCUACAACAAGCCGGGCCACGACCUGAGCAACCGCCACGCGGGUUUCCUGCUAGCACUUGGCCUCAACGGUCAUCUUAGAGGGAUGGCCAAAUGGGUCGCCUUCAAAUACCUCACACCGAAGCACACCAUGACCUCGGUCGGCCUUCUCCUGGGCCUGGGUGCAUCCUACAUGGGCACCAUGGACUCUCUCGUCACGCGCAUGAUAUCCGUGCAUGUUACGCGCAUGCUACCACGCGGGGCCGCAGAGCUCAACCUGUCGCCGCUGACACAGACGACCGGCAUCAUGGCCAUCGGGCUCCUUUACUGCAAUAGCCAACACCGUCGCAUGACGGAAGUCAUGAUGUCCGAGAUCCAACACGAAGAUGAGGAAGACGAGGACGAACCGCUGCGUAGCGAAUGCUACCGCUUGUCUGCCGGUUUCGCACUGGGCCUUAUUAACCUGGGUAAAGGCAACGACCUCAGAGGUCUCCACGAUAUGAAGCUCACCGAGAAGCUCAUCAAUAACGCGACGGCAACGAAGAAGGUUGAAAUGGUGCAUGUGCUAGACCGCGCCGCGGCCGGCGCUGUGAUGGCACUCACGUUGAUAUUCAUGAAGUCGGAGGACCACGUCGUCGCCCGGAAGAUUGAUGUGCCGGAAUCCAUUGUACAGUUCGACUACAUCCGCCCAGAUAUCCUUCUCUUGCGCACAGUCGCCAAGAACUUGAUCAUGUGGAGCAAAAUCGAGCCCAGCUUUGACUGGAUCCUCAAUAGCCUGCCAAAGGCGUACCGCAUCCGUCACAAACUCGUCAACACGACGAAGCUGAAGAGCACCGACCUCCCCUUCUUCAGCAUCAUUACCGGUCUCUGCUUCUCGAUCGCGCUGCGUUAUGCGGGCAGCGCGUCGACAAAGGUUCGGGAUCUUCUUGUACACUACCUCGACAACUUUAUCCGCAUUUCUCGCAUACCGGCCACACAGCGACCCCCGCCGAACGACCACCCCAUGUAUGACGAAGAGCUCGCUCGCUCCAACGCCCGCAUGUGUCAGGACGUGCUGGCACUAUCCGCGGCAAUCGUCAUGGCUGGCACCGGCGACCUCGUCGUGAUGCGUCGCCUUCGCCUCCUUCACGGUCGAGACGAUCCGGAAACGCCAUAUGGAUCCCACCUCGCCGCUCACCUCGCCAUUGGGUCCUUGUUCCUCGCCUGCGGAACGGCAACCUUUGGCACGAGCAACAUGGCCAUCGCAUCGCUCCUGAUUGCGUUCUACCCAGUCUUUCCGACAUCGGUCAUGGAUAACCGCUCCCAUCUCCAGGCCUUCCGCCACUUUUGGGUCCUGGCAACAGACUCCCGCUGCCUGGUCACAAAGGACGUCGCAACAGGCCAGCCCGUGUCGGCACCUAUAUCAAUACGCCGGAGACGGCAGAAAGGCGAGGCCGCAGACACGGAGACGGAGGCUGUGGUACGGCAGACGCCGUGCUUGCUACCCCCUCUGAACGAGAUCGCGAGCAUCCAGACGAGUGCGGGACCCGCCUUCUGGGAUCUCGAGAUGGACUUCGAAAAGAACCCGUCCCUCAUGAAGGCCUUUAUGCAAAACCAGUCGCUAUACCUCCGCCGCCGACCGGCACAAGAAGCGCCGUUCUCGUCCACGCUGCGGGCGCUCGGCAGAGAUGCCUUGGCGGACGUCACGGACACCGGACAGAACGAUCCUCUGGAGUGGCUGUUCGGCCUCGACGCCCUCCGCGACCUCACGCACGCGGAGCGCGCCACGGUGCUCGACCGCAGCGCAAGCUCCGAGGGAGCCGCGGGCGAGAGCUCCGGAUCGUCGGUUGACGCGCGGUUGGCGCUGGAGAGGAGCGUGGACGGGGCGAGCAGGGAGAGGCUGUGCGGGCUCAAGAUGCUGUUCGAGUGGGCGGACCGUCGAGACCAGAUUGUGGUCAAGGGGAAGAAGGCCCAGGACGAUAAGGACGAGGAGUGGUGGAUGCGCAACAGCGUCGUGGAGGAGUUGAAGGGACGUGUGUUCCUGGGUGGACGGGCUUGA